CAGGCGCGAGCCGGCCUCUGAGCCCCGGCCUCGGACCGCCCCUCCGCGCCCGGCACGCCCGGCGCCGCCUUCCGCCCCGGUCCCCCGGCUCGGCCUUGGCAAGGUCUGAUUUGCAGUGCGGACUGGCCUCAGAGGCUCUCAGCGAGUGCGGCGCCGUAACAAGUGGGCGAGGAUGCCGUACGAGAUCAAGAAGGUGUUCGCCAGCCUCCCUCAGGUGGAGAGGGGCGUCUCCAAAAUCAUCGGCGGCGAUCCUAAGGGCAACAAUUUUCUGUACACCAACGGAAAGUGCGUCAUCCUGAGGAACAUCGACAACCCAGCCCUCGCUGACAUCUACACGGAGCACGCCCAUCAAGUCGUGGUAGCCAAGUACGCGCCCAGCGGAUUCUACAUCGCCUCUGGAGAUGUGUCUGGGAAGCUGAGGAUCUGGGAUACCACGCAGAAGGAUCACCUCUUGAAGUAUGAGUAUCAGCCUUUCGCUGGGAAAAUCAAGGACAUUGCGUGGACUGAGGACAGUAAGAGGAUCGCCGUAGUCGGGGAAGGAAGGGAGAAGUUUGGAGCUGUCUUCCUGUGGGACAGUGGCUCUUCCGUGGGCGAGAUCACGGGGCACAACAAAGUCAUCAACAGCGUGGACAUCAAGCAGAGCAGGCCAUACCGGCUGGUGACGGGGAGUGACGAUAACUGCGCUGCGUUCUUUGAGGGGCCCCCGUUCAAGUUCAAGUUUACUAUUGGCGACCACAGCCGCUUCGUCAACUGUGUGCGAUUCUCUCCCGACGGGAACAGAUUUGCCACAGCCAGUGCUGACGGCCAGAUAUUCAUCUACGAUGGGAAGACGGGAGAGAAAGUGUGCGCGCUGGGUGGGAGCAAGGCCCACGACGGGGGCAUCUACGCUAUUAGCUGGAGUCCUGACAGCACCCAUUUGCUCUCUGCUUCUGGAGACAAAACUUCCAAGAUUUGGGACGUCAGCGUGAAUUCUGUUGUCAGCACGUUUCCCAUGGGCUCCAACGUUCUGGACCAGCAGCUGGGCUGCUUGUGGCAGAAGGACCACCUCCUCAGCAUCUCCUUGUCGGGCUACAUCAACUACCUGGACAAGAACAACCCCAGCAAGCCCCUGCGGGUCAUCAAGGGUCACAGUAAAUCAAUCCAGUGCCUGACGGUGCAUAAAAACGGCGGCAAGUCCUACAUCUAUUCCGGGAGCCACGACGGACACAUUAAUUACUGGGAUUCAGAGACGGGGGAGAACGACUCCUUCGCUGGGAAGGGUCACACGAACCAGGUGUCCAGGAUGACCGUGGACGAGUCUGGGCAGCUCAUCAGCUGCAGCAUGGAUGACACCGUGCGGUACACCAACCUCAUGCUGCGGGACUACAGCGGACAAGGAGUUGUGAAACUGGAUGUCCAACCAAAGUGCUUAGCUGUCGGUCCUGGGGGCUAUACGGUGGUCGUGUGCAUCGGGCAGAUCGUGCUGCUGAAGGAUCAGAAGAAGUGCUUCAGCAUCGACAGCCCCGGCUACGAGCCCGAGGUGGUGGCUGUGCACCCCAGUGGAGACACUGUGGCUGUUGGGGGCGCGGAUGGCAAUGUCCGCUUGUACUCCAUUCUGGGCACCUCGCUGAAGGACGAGGGCAAGCUCCUAGAGGCCAAAGGCCCCGUGACAGAUGUGGCCUACUCCCACGACGGCGCCUUCCUCGCCGUGUGUGACGCCAGCAAAGUGGUCACAGUGUUCAGUGUCGCCGAUGGCUACUCGGAGAACAAUGUUUUUUACGGACACCAUGCGAAGAUCGUCUGCCUAGCCUGGUCACCAGACAAUGAGCACUUUGCCUCCGGGGGCAUGGACAUGAUGGUGUACGUCUGGACACUGAGCGACCCAGAAACCAGAGUCAAGAUCCAAGAUGCACACCGGCUACACCACGUCAGCAGCCUGGCCUGGCUGGACGAGCACACGCUGGUCACGACCUCCCACGACGCCUCUGUCAAGGAGUGGACAAUCACCUACUGAGGAGCCCCUCCUCCCUCGGAGGGACCGAAUCAGGGACUGGAGUUUACCUGCCGCGGAACAUGUCAUUUCUCUAACUAUUUCUGUAACGCCCCCCGCCCCACCCCGCCUCAGGAGGGAGGAGGGCCUUCAGGAUUACCCUCGUCUCUCUACAGGGUGUUCGUGUCUGUACGUGUCCUUCUGAAAGCUUUAGGCAGUAACAGUUUGCACAUGGGAAAUAAAGCGAGCACUUAAACAACGUGUGGAGCAUAACUAAAAACCCACAGCCCAACCAAACCUUGAAUGCGGAACAUUCCAGAGGCAACAGCCUCAAAAGCACAGAGACCCAGCCCCAGUGGCUUUUGCUGUCUGCGGAGGGUUGUGUAGGUGGGCGCGUGGCUCCACUGUCCUACCCGCAGGGCAUCGCUAUCGGCGAGAAGAGGGGACGGCGGCCGUGGCUCAGCAAAGCUGGAAUUCUGUAGGGCAGAUGACUGUCCGGUAGUGCGGGGGAGUCACCACGUGGCUGUCUCCAGACCAGAUGGGGACACACAGAAACCUUGGAUGUAUUUCAUUGUCAAAUUUUGUGCUUGAUUUUUUUUUUAGGAAUGGAAUUGUGGGAUUUUUUUUUUUAACAUAUCUUAACUGUUGCCUGUCGGUUUACAAGCUAGCGUGUUGACGGCACCAUGUCCAGGCGUUGAGAGCCCUUGUUAGCCAGACCGAGGUGUCCUGGUCACCAUUUCACCAAUAUGCUUUGAUGUACUUCUGUCUUUCUCUCCCUUCUGCCCCCAAGAGCAAAGAUUAAUUUAAGGGCAAACAUGAAGUCACUGUAAACUAAUCUGUCAUCGUUUUUACCUUUUUUUUUUCAGUGCAGAAAUUAAAAGUAAGUAUAAAGCA